AUGACUAUGAUUGAAGCCCUGUUAUACACAAGGAUCUUACUCCUGUUUGACUGGUUUGGAGUUUCUUGGUCCUUUUCUGGGCUCACCCAGGCUGAACACCCCCAAUAUCAUAGUCGCCCAGAGGUGGUGAUUCCUUUGAAGGUAACUGCCACUGCUGGAAGAAUGAGACCUCCAGGUUGGGUGUCUUAUAGUCUACAUUUUGGGGGCCAGAGACACAUUGUCCACAUCAAGGCCAAGAAGCUUUUGCUGUAUGAACACCUACCAGUGUUCACCUACACAGAACAAGGUGCUCUGCUUGAGGACCAUCCUUUUAUCCAGAAUGACUGCUAUUAUCAUGGUUAUGUGGAGGGGGACCCAGAAUCCCUAGUUGCCCUCAGUAAUUGUUUUGGGGGCUUUCAAGGAAUGGUAGAGGUAAACAACAUUGCUUAUGAAAUCAUGCCCAUAAUGUUUUCUACCACGUUUGAACAUCUAGUUUAUAAGAUGGACAAUGAGGAGACAGAAUCCCUAACACGAAGAUCUGGCUUUAUGAAAGAUGAAAUAACAUACCAAAUAGAAUUUCAAGAGAUUCAUAAUUUCACUCUGAAGCAAAGUUCCUAUGAAGGCUGGUGGACCCACUAUAGGAUUGCUGAAGUUGUAGUGGUGAUUGACAAUUAUCUAUACAUUCAUUAUAAAAAGAAUAUUUCAAAAUUGAUAACAGAUCUGUAUAUUGUGUCAAAUAUAGUGGAUUCCAUUUAUAGUGUUAUGGGUGUAAAGGUGUUAUUGUUUGGUUUGGAGGUCUGGACUAACCCUAACCCUAUUAUAGUAGAUGAUGUAAGAAAAUCUAUGGAUAUAUUUUGCAAAUGGAAAACUGAAAACAUUUCUCCCCGGAUAAAGCAUGAUACCGCACAUCUUUUAAUAUACAGAGAAUUAAGAGGAUUAAGUGGCCUUGGCUCAAAGAAGGGAAUGUGUCAUCCACAACGUAGCUGUGCAAUUGUUACUUUUGUGAACAGAACAUUGACCCUUUUUGCAAUCGCUAUGGCUCAUCAUUUAGGUCAUAAUUUGGGCAUGUCCCAUGAUUUGAGUUCAUGUAAGUGCGUACCACCUAAAUGUAUAAUGCAUCAGGAUAACCCAGCAACACCCAAAUUUAGCAAUUGCAGUUAUAGUUCUUUUUGGUGGUUUACCUUACAUAGGGGAGGAUGUAUGUUUGAGCAUCUAUACACAACGGAUAUCUUUAAGAGGAAACGCUGUGGGAAUGGUAUUGUCGAAGAUAAAGAGGAAUGUGACUGUGGACCAUUACGGCGUUGUGCCAAAGAUCCCUGUUGUAUGCCAAAUUGCACUCUGAGUUAUGGGUCAACUUGUGCCUUUGGACUUUGUUGUAAAAACUGCCAGUACUUACCAUCAGGAGAAGUGUGUAGAAAAGAGGCUAAUGUAUGUGAUCUUCCAGAGUGGUGCAAUGGAACUUCCCAUAAGUGCCCAGAUGAUGUAUAUGUGGAAAAUGGAAUUCCCUGUAAUACCACAGCCUACUGCUAUGAAAAACAAUGUAACGACAGAACUGAACGAUGCAGACAGAUUUUUGGCCCUGAGGCAAAGAGUGCAAGUGAGAUUUGCUACACUCAAGUGAACUCACAAGGUUCUCGUUUUGGCCACUGUGGUUUCAAUGGCUCUACUUAUGUAAAAUGUAAUGCCUCAGAUGUCCUGUGUGGGAGAGUUCAGUGUGACGAUGUGAAAGAAAUUCCCAUACUAAGACAGCAUGCUACUGUGCAUUGGGCUCACUUCAAUAAUGUAACCUGCUGGGGUACUGACUACCACCAUGGAAUGACCAUUCCUGAUAUUGGAGAUGUGAAAGAUGGCACAGAGUGUGGUCAAGACCAUAUCUGCAUCCAUAGACAAUGUGUCCAUAUAUCCAUCUUGGACAGUAAUUGCUCACCUACCUUCUGUAACAAUAGGGGUAUCUGCAACAGUAAACAUCACUGCCAUUGCAACUAUAUGUGGGACCCUCCCAACUGCGUGAUAAAAGGCCAUGGAGGUAGUAUUGACAGUGGCCCACCUCCUAGGAGAAAGGUUCAAAAGAAAUUUUGUUACCUGUGUCUAAUAUUGCUCAUUAUUUUGCUUAUUUUAUUUACUUAUUGUAUUUGGCUUUGUGUAAAGAAAACUAAGAAAGAAAAGAAAACUGUUCCUCCUGCGAAAGUAGGGAGAGUACCACAAAGUCAACCUCCCUCGUUCGUUUCCCAGGGUUAUCCUGAAAGGCAACCAUCAAUUCCAAGAGUCCCAUCUACAACAAUUCCAAGAGCCCCACCCACAACAAUUCCAAGAGCCCCACCCACAACAAUUCCAAGAGCCCCACCCACAAUUCCAAGAGCCCCAUCCAGACCAUUUUCAAGAGCCCCAUCCACAACAUUUCCAAGAGCUCCAUCCAGACCAGUUUCAAGAGCCCCAUCCAUUCCAAGAGCCCCAUCCAAACAAACUUCCAUUAAAAGAUAA